AUGGAGAAAGUCAGCCCGGAUGGUACCAACAGCGGAGAACGGCGGAGGAGCCCAAUUUUAGCGCAGGCUAUGGGGGCCGGCCCAGUACCUGGGCAAGAGGCGGAGGGCACGGGGCUGGGGGAUCGGGGCAGGGGGAUCGGACAUGUUUGCAACGGGCCAACCGCGGGGCAGCGUUACGCGCCAGGAGGGGAAGGCGCCGACCAGGGGUCCAGCACCCCCGCCGCCAUUCCUAUGCGUGCCCCAGGCUUUCGGGGCGGUUUCCACUUGAAUGGUGACGAAGCCGCCUUAGCGCACGUACGUGAUAGCCCAUGGGCUAAGGGCCAACGAAAAGGCUCAGCCUGUGUUGGUGGUGGCAUCCUUUUUUGCGCCCGCAUGCAGCGCUCAAGCCGCAACCAUGCGCCCAUCCUGCUACUACCUGAGGCCUCGAGCAGGAAACGACUGAUCGUCCCAAUGCCAUUAGCUCGGUUUUCUCAUCUAGAUCCCGGCAGACGUUAUAGAAGCACAGACGUUGGUAUUCCCGUUCCCACCUGCCAACUCCACACCGCAACUCGCGAGAUGGUGUGGAAGCGAAUGGUGGGAGGGCGUUUCGUCCCGGCUUCCCCUGUGAUCUGCAUCACUCUGGGCGGGCCUCCAUUCCCCCGCCGCUUUGGGACACGCUCGCGUGGUCGCUAA